UCCGCGGCCACUUUUUCGCGGCAGGAAACAUGCUGAACCAUGUCCGAAGCAACGAGAUGGAGUUCAUGGCUGAGCAAGAGCUGAUCUCGAUCAUGCCAUACUUUGAGCUGCAGGAAAACGGAGGCCGGUUGAACGGAAUCAGCGGUGACUUUGGUCCGUUUCAUCCAUCGACACCGACCCAAGUGCCGUUGUGGCUGGCGCUGUCGCUCAAACAACUGCAGAAAUGCCGCAUCCUCCAACCGUCUUGGUUCACCGUUGCGCACCUAAAAGACCGACUAGACAAAGAAACCUCGAGCGAACUGUUUGAGGAAUUACCGUUCCAUUACCUCGAGAUCGCAGCCCUCCUCGUCAAACACGCGGCCGACGAUAUGCAACAAGUGGAAACCAUUCGACUGGUAUUAGAAGACAUUCAGCAAGUGCGUCAAGACAAGAUCCGAAAUGGUUUGGUGCGGAUCGCUGCUGACGUGCAAACUGGCGGCACAGCAUAUGCAGUGCAGCUCAACAACGUCGCAGCCAUGGAAAUCAACUCGGUGCGCCAAUUCAUGACCAAGUCGUUGACCAAGUUUUACGGCCUGGGAGCUGCACGACUCACAGCUGAUGGAGCCGAGGGACCUCAAAGUCAAUUUCCGAGUCAGUCAUCAUCCGAUCGCGGCCCUGCGUUGCCAGAACAAUCUCGGCUACGGCGCCAUCGUUAAGCUUGCAUCGAGCUAUAAAGUUGAAUUUGACAUGGUUGUGCUACCAUUAACUAUGUACAAUACUUCUCCUGUCGGCUACACUGAUAUGGGUGAAUAUGAUCACUUUGCGGA